CCUAUGACAUCCACACCAAAUACAUGGAAGAUCAGCUGAUUGUGUGUUGAAAUGCCAUUGUUAUUGUAUUCAACUUGAUAUAUUUAACAUGAACAACAUUUACCCUUAUAUAUCACGAAAUGACCAGCGCAGAUAUAAGCACUAUCAACAAAGAGAAACAGCAGCUGAGAACUUAAAAGCCAUGGAAGAUAUGACGUUUAGUUUGUCUUUACUUCAUGCUCAUUGUGAGUCAUGUGUUAACAAAAAGUGUAACAUUACACCAGAUCAACUUAGCAGCUGUGAAAUGACAGACUGUGAAAAUAUGUGUGGUCACAGAUUUCACUCGUGCAAGAAAGACGAACAUGAACUUAUUUGUUCCCAACAAAAAGUACCAUGUAUUAACCAUUCUAAUGGGUGUCCAUUGGAAAUGGCAAGGUGUAAAAGAGCCUCUCAUUUGAGUGUUUGUCCAGCAAGUGUCCAAAGGUGUGUUGUUGAGUGGAAUCGGUGGCCAAUGCAUUCAAAAGAAGAAUGUUUAACAACACCAUUGCCGCUUGAUAGCCAACAUGUAAAAUGUACUCAAUUAGAUGUGGCAUUAGCACUGAGAGAUCAACGUAUGCUUGUUCAAUCAAUGAAAAUUCCAAGAAAAAUCAGAAAAAUCUUUCAAAAUUCACUUACACAAAAAUAUCCCAGUGUUCCACUAGAGCAAAACAGAAGUUCUUCCAUUGACUCGGAUAAUACUGUAGACGAUACAUCAGGAGCUACAUCAGAUGAAGAUACACCAUGGGGAAGUCAGAAGUGUCCCCUGGGACUACAAAAAACAGUCGUUAAUCAAUUACACAAAGCUUCAAAACAAACUGCUGAUAGUGUUUCUGCGACAUUAGACUUAUUUUCCCAUCAUUUUGGUAAAGCAGGUCUAAAACAUCUGACACAAAAGUUACAAGGAAUCACUGAAACUGAAGAAGCAAAAACAUGUGGACAGCAAACAGAUGAAACUGAAAAUGAUAAAAUUAAAAACUCAUUAGAUGAUAUUUCUAGUGAGAAUAUAUCAGAACCAAAGUCAUGUGAUCUAUCAGAGUCAGCUGAUGACUGCAUGGUAAUAUCAGUAGAAGAUGUUUAUACAAAAGAUAUCAAAUUGCAUAAUUUGUUAGGAGUUAGUCUAGAUAUAGAAUGCAUAUCAAAAUAUAUACCAAAGCCUAAGAAAAUGUAUACUUUUCUCUGUGCUCAAGAUUUUAGGAGAGAUGAGUAUCCUUGGCAUUUCAAAAAUGUUCAUAAUGAUAUCCACUGUGGGUUAAAUGGGAUGAUGGAGUUCAGAUGUCCCCUUGCCUACAUGGGAUGUGAUUAUUCUUGUCAAAAGUUGUCUCCCUUAGAACCUAAAGGGAAAAUAAUACAUAGCGCAUUACAAGAAAGCUUUGGGCUAGCUAUAACAAAUGCAGAGGAUCAAAUAAAAGAAGAGCAAAUGGAGGAAGUGCAAUGCAAAAAAUGCUCUGUUAUAGAGUCAGAUAAACGAAAACUAAGGGAAGCAACUCCAGAGAUAACCACAUCACAAAAAUAUGACUCAAACAUAAAAAUCCUUCCAAAAUAUCAGUGCAAUAGAUUAUGUGAUAGUGCAAGUAGUUUCCCAUCUACUGAUGGACAAAUAUACCUUGACUGUCUUCCAUUUGAGGUGCUACAACACAUUGUUGUGUUUUUAGACAGUUUUAGUCUAUGCAAUCUCUCGUUAACUUCAAAACUAUUACGAGAUGUUUGUGCUUCACGCCUUGACCAGAAGGGCAUGGUUAUACCAGUCUGGCAGGCAAGAGGGGAGGGUGUGAAACCUUCAUGGACCAUUGCAUAUUGGAAAUGGUGUUUUAGUACAAGCUUUACUCCAGUGAGGAAAUGGCAAUACCAUACAGGGAAUGGUCUGUUUGAGCAUUUGAAAAUCUGUCCUUACAAUCAGGAAAAUAGCAAGAAUAUCAAAACUGAACCAUUUUGUCCUGCAUCAGAACUUAUGUCAAUAAAAACUGCACCAGAAGAGAAAAAUACAACCAAGUCUUUACUCAAACUGAUAUCUGCUUGAAAGAAACAGGAAAUUUACAUAUCAAAAAUCUUCAGUAAAUGUGUCAUCCAUUUCACCAAAAAAUAAAUAAAUUUGAUAACUUUAUUUAUAUCAUGUAUAUCAUGUUAUAGUGAGUCUGAUUUUGCAAAAAUUUUGACAGCUUCAGAAAAUAGAUACACAGUGUAUGAUUGCUUUGGGUAACAUUUAUUGUAAACAACAACAUGUAGAAACAGGAAGUUUUUGAGAAAAAAAAUGUGAAAGGGAGAAAAUUAUAAUCAUUAAAUUUUUAUAUAAAAAAAAUCCCUUGAGGUGGAGAUAUCAUUACCUAUAGUGAUCAAUUAUUAACAUAUGAUUAUGAUUCCUCUUUGCACAAAAAGUUUCUUCAAUUACCCUUUGAACAAAUAUGGAAACUAUUUAAAUCAUUUCAUAAGUCCAAAUUAAAGUUCAAUGAAGUUUGUGGAUUAAAAUUGUAUUUUCAUGGAUAUUUUAUUUCUUAGUUUUACUAGUUUGUACAUGUUGUAUACUGGCCUAUAGAAAAUUUGCACUUCAUCAUCAUUUAGUUUUGUUGUUCAGCAACAGGCAUUUAAUCAAAUUAAGUUAUUCCAUGUAAAUUGGUAUCCCAGCCAAACCUUAUAAGGUUAAAUUUGCCAAAGAUGCAACAUUAAACAUGCAAGUCUAUUUUGGAACAGAAGAUAACAUGUUCAUUCUUAUAUGAAUAACAAAUGUAUGUCGUAAUAACUUAUAUUCCUUACAAAGAAUAUAGAUAAAAGUCAGGCAUGGCCACCAAAUCAAGUUACAUUGUAAGGUUGUAAUAUACUUUGGAGAUCUUGAAGUUUGUAGAAGUUUGUAAAUACCCAGGUAACUUAUUCAUGAUUUUAUAUGUUAGCAAUCACAUUGUUUCUAUGAUCACAAAUGAUUUAGUUUUUUCUUUGUUAUAUUUGUCCAAUCUCUCUAGUAGUGACUCUAUCAGUAUCAAGUAGUUUUGCUGUUAAUGUGUCAGAUGUAUAUUGUUUUGUUUUUUGUUUGUAGAGUGCUUGACAUUCUUUUCAUAGAUGUGUUAAAUUUUGUUUGUGUUUAUUUAUUUGUUAACUUAUUUAUUUAUUAAUUUGCUUUAGUUCUUUAUUUUAAAAUAUAUUUUUAAGAAUGUUUUCUUUAUUGUUUGUUCAUUUGAAAAGAAACAAUACCAACAAAAUAUAUAUGGCGGAUAUCACAGUAGCAUAAUAUAAAUUAGAACUGUAAAUUUUUUUGAUUUUAUUUUUUUUAAAUGUUUCAUAUUAUCGUAAAUUUACCGAUACUAAAUUAUUUAAUUUCAUCAUGAGAAAUGUUGAAUGUGGUCAAUUUUAUCUUUCAAAUUUGAAGAAAAAAAUACAAAGAGAUUACUGCUUCCUUUUUUACCAAAAAUAUAUUUUUUUGCCUACCUUCUGACAGAUGAGCAUCAAUCAGAAUACAAGCAUGACAAGUAUUUAUGAUGUCCCAGUUAUUAAAUCAUUUUCUGUAAAACAUAGAGUUUUGGCAACCUUCUAAUGGUUUUGGGACCUGUAAGUUUGUUUUGCGAUUAAAUAAUCUUAACACAGUAUUUGUCUGUAUGAACAACAACAAAAUAUUUACUUGGUGCUUACAUGCACUCAAUGGUUAUUUUUCUUAGAUAUGUAUUUUUUGAGGAAAAUGUUUUAAUUUUGUGUCUCUCAAAUCUUGUUGAAUGUACAAUCUAUUUCCUGUGACUUUUAUCACACAAACAAAUCUUACAUAAAGUAAUUCACUUGAAUCAUGAAUGUUUUUGUAUAACUUACAAUCAAUUUUAGUCAUAUUAUUUUCUGUAAAAAUGAUUCAUUGAUUGAAGUAAAAAUUUCAUUGUUAUAAUAGUAAUGAAAUCUUUGAAAACACCUACAAACCAAUCAUAAAUAUAAUCAUACACUAGUGUUCAAAGUUA